AUGUCAUCGGAUGACCCGAAACAAGUCUCACUCGAGACGGAAUCCCUCCGCAAGGUCGCCUUCUUCGGCAUAGCCGUCUCCACCAUCGCCACGUUGACAGCGAUCGUUGCGGUGCCAAUGCUAUACAACUACAUGCAACACGUGCAGUCGUCCCUUCAGUCCGAGGUGGAAUUCUGCUCGCACAGGUCGAAUGGACUGUGGGAUGAGUACAAGAGGUUCGAGGGAGUCGCCGGUGUGGAGGGACGUAUCAAGCGUGACGCCUAUCACCGUCGCUUCCAAACCAAGCAACGCCGUCAAUCCUACGAUGACUCGGGUGUCUCCGGUGGAUUCUCCUCAGGAGGAGGUGGAGGCUCAUGCUGCUCUUGCGGAGUCGGUGCCGCCGGACCACCAGGAUCUCCAGGACAAGACGGAGCACCAGGAAACGACGGAAACCCAGGAGCGCCAGGAAACCCGGGACAAGACGCUCAGGAUAACCAAGUCGCUGAUGCCAGCCAGUUCUGCUUCGACUGCCCAGCAGGACCACCAGGACCAUCCGGAGCUCCAGGACAGAAGGGACCAUCUGGAGCACCAGGACAACCAGGACGCAGCGGAGGAGCAGCUCUUCCAGGACCACCAGGACCAGCUGGACCACCAGGACCUUCCGGACAACCAGGAUCCAAUGGAAACGCUGGAGCUCCAGGAGCACCAGGACAAGUUGUUGAUGUGCCAGGCACUCCAGGACCAGCUGGACCACCAGGACCAGCAGGACCAGCUGGAGCACCAGGACAACCUGGACAAGCCGGACACGCUCAACCAGGACAACCAGGGCCACAAGGAGAUGCUGGAGCACCGGGAGCUCCUGGACAACCAGGACAAGCGGGAGCACCAGGAAAUGAUGGAAGUGAGGGAGGACAAGGAGCUUGUGAUCACUGCCCACCACCAAGAACCGCACCUGGAUAUUAG